AUGGAUCCGAUUUCGAAUAUUGAAGACAUACAUUUUACCGCAGAACCGCAUAUCGAGAAUCACGUCAGGACGCGUCGAAGCGAUGAGCGGGACGGUCUCGCAUUAUCCAGAGAGAUAUUCAGGAAUAUUACUAAGAAACUACGGCAGAGCAUACGAGAGGGACCGACUGACAACGAUCAUUUAUUACAGGGUAAGGCGGAGGAGUCCCGACAGUAUGCUCCGUAUCAAGAGUUGCAUCAUCACGAGCGACACUGGGGACCGUACUUUGAGGAGAAAAACGUCACUCAAGUGACGGCACAUGUCGGGGCGGAGGCUCUACUUAACUGUAGGGUUGUCAUGCUCAAAGAUAAAACUGUGAUGUGGCUACGUCACGCCACUGAAACAGCACAACUUCUGACCGUGGGACCAGCGCCAUAUGCCGGCGAUAAUAGGGUAGCAUCUAAAUAUCAAUAUCCAAACAACUGGAGGCUUAGCAUCAACCCUGUAAAGUGGUCUGACGCAGGCCGAUACAUGUGCCAAAUAUCGACUCAUCCACCAAGGACCAUAUAUACUGAUAUUUCAGUAUUACCUCCAGUUCUAACUAUCAACGGGGACUCAACACAUGACGUCAAAGACAAAUUCUAUAAAGCCGGUAGUUCGAUUAAAUUAACAUGCGUUAUAUCAGACGAAUAUGUAUCGACAUUACCGACUAAAGUGCCAAUAUUUACAACUGCUAUACCCACAACCAUUCAAACGACCACAGAGUUAACGACAAAAAUGAGCACAAUAUUAAAUAGAUUAGAUUUAAUGUUAAACAAAAGUUGGAGCGUUGAAACUACAACAUUGACUUCAACAGUUAGCUUAAGUACUACAACUAUGAAGAAUGAAAUAACAACGCAAGCUAUGCAACCAGUGACUAGGCCAGUAUUGAAUAAUAUUUACGGCUUAGUAUGGAGGAAGCAGGGGAAAGAUAUAGAAAAAUUUAUCACGUGGCGUAAUAUGAGUGCUACAUUCAGCGUGUCUUCAGCGUCCCAAAAUGACAGCGGACUGUACAGUUGUCAUUUGUUAAACCAUUCUCAAGUUAUAAUUAAUGUACACGUUCUUAGUGGUGAAAACCAAGCAGCGGUCCAUCACGACACCUGGAAUAAAGGUUCCCUGUUCUGGCAGCCACAAAUCCUUAAUCUCCUAACCAUACCUAUGUUACCUUUUUUACUUAAUUUGGGUAAUUAG